UCAACUGGCACAUUCAGUCCGUGUGUGUGGGUGAAACGGCAGAGUCACGUCCUUACGUUUCAGUGACUUUCUUUCCUUUUUUUCAUCCUCUCCUAUUCCCUGUACCACACAGCGAGCACCAUAUAGCAGCAGCACCGCGCACAGAAGCACGAUGACCAGCGUUACCAUGGAGAACAGCAACGCACUUUCACAGAGUAUGGACUCUGUCAACACGGCAGCAGCAGAGGACGAGCAGUUCUGUCCCUUGCCACAGGUUCGCACACUAUUCGUGAGCGGUCUUCCCAUGGACGCAAAACCCAGAGAACUUUACCUACUUUUCAGAGCAUAUGAGGGCUACGAGGGCUCCCUUUUGAAGGUCACCAGCAAGAAUGGCAAAACAGCUUCGCCGGUUGGUUUUGUGACGUUUAGCACAAGGGCGGGAGCAGAGGCAGCCAAACAAGAUCUCCAGCAGGGCGUGCGGUUUGACCCAGACAUGCCUCAGACCAUCCGACUCGAGUUUGCUAAAAGUAACACCAAAGUUAGCAAACCCAAGCAGCAGUCGCCCCCUGCAGCCGCCCCCCACCCCACUCUCGUGCACCCAUUCACCGGACACUUUGGAUCUCCAAACAUGCUUAUGUCUUCCCCGAGUCCUCCAACCUUUCUCCCUUUAAGAGGCAGGUCUGUCAACACCCUAGGGGUAGAGCUGAACCACGCCUUCUUUCCCGGAGCUCCUGAUGUGUGGCCGCCCCACCCCUUGGCCUACACGGCCGAGCUACCUGGCGCUGCAGCCGCCGCGGCCGCUGGUCUCCAGCACCACCCCGCCCUCUUCCCAGCUCUUCACGCCCAAGUCCCAUUUUGUGGGACGUUAGACCACCGUUGUUUUCCGCAGCCGCCCCUCGCCCUGACGCACGCCCCGAUGGUGUCGCACGCUGGAGGCGUGGUGAUGCCCUCCCCAGCUCUGGCCUCCCCUGCUGGCUCCCCUCAUUCCGCCCAUCCACCGCCCCCGCAACACCCAGCUGCACCCCAGAACCCUCCGUGCUCCACCCUCUUCAUAGCAAACCUUGGACCCAAUGUAGCAGAGCAUGAACUUAAGGAUAUCUUCUCAAGCUUCCCUGGCUAUGCUCGCCUGCGCAUGCACACUAAAGGAGGCACCCCUGUUGCCUUUGUCGAGUUCUCUGACGUGAGGUGUGCCACUGCGGCUCUCACCUCAUUGCAGGGGUUUGUCUUGGUGUCCUCGGACCGUGGUGGCAUCCGCAUCGAGUAUGCAAAGAGUAAAAUGGGCGAGGUUGGGACACAAGACUGAAACUGAUGGAGCCCCGACCUGCAGCCCACAUGGAGCGCCUGGCUUCAUAACUGUUCUGGCUUGAAAGAAGAUAAGAGAAUCUUUAAACAAAUAUAAAGAACGUUCAAACGGUAUAUAUAUUAAAGUUUGACACGACGGCAUAUCACUGUCAUGAAAGGAUGUACAGAAAAAAAAGAGAAAUAUAUCCUUUUAUAUUUGUAGGGAAAUUAUUUGCUCCGAAAGUCAAGUGCAAAUGAGAAAGAUAUGUUGAUUUGAUUGAUGUAUUGAUUCUUGUGAUUUAUGCAGAUUUAAUAUAAUCUAUUCAUGAUCUCUCUUUCUUUUUAAAGGGUCAUACUUAUUGUACCUAGAGUUUGAGCCAGAGUUUGCAUUCCCAACCCAAUCCUACCCAAAGAUACAGUAUAACCUAUAUCCUCCUCUCCCACCCCACCCCACCCCACCCCACCCCACCCCCACCCCACCCCCACCCCCAACCCAUUCAUUACUUAUCCCAGCUAUACUUGUAAAGUGUUUGUUAUGGGAUUCAUUAAAUGAGAAGAGCUGCAGUCAGUACUUAGGAUAUAUUGCAUGUAUAAAAGAAUUUCUGAAAUGAGAUAUCAAUUCUUUCUUUAUAUGCUUGACUUUUAAGUUGUAAGGGGAAGUGAAGGGUUUGCUAUCUACAGUUUCCUUUUUUCAAAGACAAAGUUGGAAUAUGGAUGAAAACAUAAUUUUCAUUCUUACCUUAAUAUUGCUCUUUCACGACAAACCCGUUUUCAUAGAGAUAUUUAGGAUAUUUAAUAAGCUUUUCAUGCCGUAUGCUUGCUGUAACCUUCCUUAGAAUGGGGAGUAUGAGAGGAGAGUUUUGCAACACACAUUCGUAUACCUGAUGUGCUCUUCUCGAAUGACAAAGGAAUCUCAGGCACAUGUAGGUCCUAUAAUACUGUACUAACAUAUUUAAGUAAAAGACAACAAAAUACCUAACACUAAUAUACAAAUGCAGAGCUGUACGUGGGCACAGCUCUGUACUGAUGCGUCGGAGAGUUAUAUUUAUCAUAUCAUCCACACACAUAUAUAUUAUAUAUAUUUAAAGUACAUACACACCUCAUGAUUCCACAUUGAUUGUUCCUUGUAUGUACCAAAGAAUUCUAGUUCAUAUAGGAAGCUGUACCAAAGGUCAUAUUCCGCUGCUCUUGAUAGGUAGGAGCAAGCAUGGGCAUGAAUUAGAUUAGAAGAAAAUAUUUUUUGAGUGUAUGAUUCUAAGCCAGAUACAAGAUGUGCUUCUGUAGUAAAUCCUGGCAAGCAUCUGACUGAGAGUGAGAGUGAGGAGAGUGACUGAGCUAGAGUGUGAGAAAGCAGGCUCAUUCAUGAGGGAGCUUUUCAAUUUACAUAACAUGAAAAAUGAGGUGCUCAUAUCAUAUAUAUAUAUAUUAUAAACAUAUAUAUAAACAAUUGCACCUUGGAUUUUUAUGUUUACCAGUGUUUCAAAUGUGUAGUUUUAAUUUGCCUACCAUCCUAAAAAGAAAAAAAAAACUCUUUGGUGUGUCAGUUGAUAUAAAGCUAUGUUUAUUGACAGCAAUAAACCUUUUUGAUUCAUGAAGUGGCGCAACAUGCAUGGAUGUAUACCACAUAUGGGUUGUUAUGUAUUUGCUGGUGCAACUCAGUCGUUGUGACCUGGAGUCUUUUGAAGAUAGAUAGAGCGUGUGGUGUAUUGCCAUGUGGUUCGAUGUAAAUAGUGGUUUUUCUGCUAAAAGUGUUAGAAGAUAUUGAUUGUCCAUAUUUUUUGCCUCUAUAUUCCGUUCCACUAUCCCAGUCUUGGUUGUUGAUGUUUAAAAUCUAAUAUGUAUGAGAUACAUUACUAAGCCAGUGGAGGCUCACUGUUGGAAUAUUAGACUUGCCCUGCUACGCUUCAUUAGAAAAUUCAAAGGUUUCAAGUUGUAUUUUUUUGAAGAUGCUCAUUUUCUCCAUUAUUUUUUGUGUAAAUCCUUUUUUGUACAAAUCUGUAGGCUUUGUGAUACUUCUGCCUCAUACUGUACUUGAAAUGUUUUUAAGUCUAGUUAGGAGCUGUAGCACUGGGCAAGUCCACAUUACUGUCUCGGUUGCUGAAUGUGGUAUUAGUAUACAUAUCUGUUUUGUCAUAUCGUAGUAUGUAUUUAUCAGUGUUUCUUAGGAGGCAUACAUGUUUCUCAUUAACUUAAUUGUAAUUAAGUUUCUGAUGUCCUAUUAACGGGAUUUUGAAUUUUAAACGAGUAAUUAGGAUGAGUGUUAAGCUUUAAGUGAUGAACCUGUGUGCCCCCGUGUCUAGGCUGGGGCACAGCAAUCCAAAAACAGUAGCUGCUUUGGUGACUGAGAGUAGUUGCUGCUGUCUUUGUGAUUACAUGCAGUUACUGCUUUUUUAAGUAGCAAGCAGUUGCUGCUUUUGAAUGCUUGUGUGUCCCGCCUACUACUGGAUGAACUACCAGUGGUUACCCUCAAGCUUGGUGGGUAUAAUUUCAUGUCUGAUCUGAGGAGAUGCAGAAGUGUUCUUGCUAUCCAUCACCGCUGCAGAAACAAGUAGCCUGUCCAGGAGUCUGUCUGUCUCUCACUUCAAGACAAAAAUCUCUCCCUAAACAAGCUCCAUUACAUUGUCAUGUGUCAUAAGAAUGACCUACUGAUUUGAAAGGGGUAAAGUAAUGUUUGUACUUUUGGAAUUCUCCAUUCAUUCCCUGGGCAGGUACUUCUUUUUAGCAGAUGACAGGAGGUCUCUGCUCAAGGUAAAUAUAUAAAAGUAAAAAAAAAUGUGAGUAAGACAGCCCUGAUUUUUGUGCUCAGUAUCCACUGUGAUCUUACAGGUAGCUUGGUGUCCCCUCUAUUGCCUUGUGAGGAAAUGCCUAAAAAUAUCCUUCUGCACCUGUGUAUAUAAAGCCUCAGCUUAGACGUGAAACUCGCAGCUUGAUACUUCUCCGUCCAUUUUGAAAACUGUAGCUGUUAUGAGCUCAACAGGUGAUGUUCUUUUAGUACAUAUCAAUGGGCAGUCAGGUGAGAAGAUGCUGCUAUGGUGUGUUUCCCAGAAGAUUUAUUAAAAUGGUUCAGUAGUGUUCCUUAUGUCCCUUUAAAAGCUGUGCUUAAUCUCUUGAUAUGGUACCGUUUUUCAGAAAAGACAAAAGUCAAAGCCAUAGUCUCUAGAUCUUCUCAUCUGAAAAAUCGGCCCAUCGGCUUUUCUAGAGGGCCUUCAUAUACAUCUAUAAUAAAGUGGUUGUGUCAAAACACCACAUUUAUCCAAACCAGUGUUCAGCCAUUUCUUUCAAAGGUUGAAGUUUUAUUCUUACUGCAUAAUUUAAGUGCCCUUUCUAGAAUUGUCCAAUAUUCUAUGCCUUACAACAAGAUAACGAAGCCAUUUUUUAAGGAAUAUUAUGUUAAUAGUUUCUGCAGAUUAUAUAAGGAGCAUUCCAUUGGUUUUUGAAGGUUACUAGAAAUGUCAUAUUUCAACCAAUGUUUGGAAUUUAGUUGGCAAAUUGUGUUUUGUGGAGAAAUUUGUACUUAAAACAUUUUGUAUAUUUUGACAAAAAAAUUUGGUAAGGUAUAUUUUAUUGCUCUGCUUAUUUUUGUUUCCUUUAUUUAACAAAAGUUAUUGUUAUGUCUAUUAUUUUAAUAUAUUUUUUCAGUUCGUAAUUACCUUUAGUUCUGCAGGUCAGUAGCUUUGCUGCAUUAUGUCGUUUUCCCUACAUAAUUGCCUAUUAUGUGUGUUGUAGAGACAAGUGACCUUUAAAUUGAACCACUUUGCUUGCACAUGUCUGCCAUCUCAGUAAGGACAUCUAGAUUAGGUUGUUGUUGCUCUCAUGCCCAGGCUCCUCUCAUCUCAUCUGGCAAUACUGUACUACUACUAUGACUGUCACUACUUCUUUAAACCUAUCAAAGUUAUAUAUACAUAUAUAUAUUUUUAAAAACUAUUGGUUAUCAAUAUUUUAUGGAGGUUUUGUUUUCAUUUUCUUUCUUUUGAUCCAUUGCAUGGAAAUUAAUCCUCUUUUAUGAAGCCAUUUGUAAAUGGAAUGUCUAGCAAUAAUAUUUGUUGGCUGUUGAGAAAGCCUUCAGCCUAACCUAGACCAUCCUUUCCAAAACACAUCAGUGGGCUUGUGUUAGCAAAGUUAUUCUAGCAGCAGACUAGGCUGUAGAUAAACCCCGGCAGUAUGUAAAUUGUUAUAAACAAUGCCAAUUAGAAUUGUGAAUAAUUUGUUGAUUCAACUCAUUCGGAAUUUCGUAUUUGCAUUCUACUUAGAGGAUUUGUAUCAUUGCAACCUGCCCUAAAACCUGUCCUAGUUUGCUGUCCACGUUUACCUCAGCGAAACAAGAAUGUUCUAUUGGGAAAGAGAGUGGUUGCUAACUGCCCCCUAUGGAUUUGGUUAUUUGAAGUUGGUGGUUUCUUUUGUAAUAUUAUUAGAUAUGAAUCUCGGCUUGAUAUAUUCCUGUUGCGUGUUAUUAAUCUACUUAGAGUAAAAAUAUGCCUAAUACUGUGAUUUUGCUAAGCAAUUUUUGUGGCAGUGACAAGAUGAUUGUAAUAUGUUGUCCCACUAAUUUGGUAGUUAAAAUUGAAGUAUUGAUUUAUAUACUAACUGAAGUGCUCCAAAAUCCCUUAAUUUUAUCGAAUAGAAGACCAACAGGGAUAAAUUUGUAUUAAUGAUGUUGGUCAUCAUGUAAUUAGACCUGAUACAUUGCAAACCAAAGGAAGAUGAUUUAUUUUUUUAUUUUUAGUCUUAUUGUCUUGUUGACUUGAGUUAUUUGUAGCAAUAUAUUCUUGGAAGAGUUAUGAUGAUUUAUCUUUAUUAUCAGUUUUUAUCAUUUGUCAAUAAGCAAGGUAGUUUUGCAACCAUGUGGAGUACUAGUCAGGAUACCACAUUUUGUUGAGUAAUGUAUGAGGAUACCACUAAGUGUACGACAUUGUCAUUAUAACUAUAUCAUAUCGUGUAUAGGGUCCAAAGGCGGGGUAUAAAAACUUAUAGUGAAGA